AUGCCUAUAAAAGCUAUUGGCUCUCAAAGGUGUAUCAUUGACAGCAGAGAAACAGCUGCUACAUUAUUGUACUCCACUGACUCGGGUAAGAUCAUUGAAAUAUAUAAUGAAUUGGUACCAUCGGUCGACGAUCCAAGGUUGAAAUUAUUUGAUGUUGAAGAUUUUGAAGAUGUUACUCCCAAAGUUAUUUUACCAGGCUUAGUGGAUUCUCAUGUCCAUUUAAAUGAACCCGGUAGAACUGAUUGGGAGGGUUUCGCUACUGGUACAAGAGCAGCCUCCAGUGGUGGUGUUACUACCGUAGUGGAUAUGCCAUUGAAUGCAAUUCCUCCAACUAUUAACGUAGCCAAUUUCAACACCAAAUUGAAGGCGGCAGAAGGUCAAUUAUGGUGUGAUGUCGGAUUUUGGGGAGGGUUGGUCCCAGGUAAUUUGAAAGAUUUGAUACCAUUAGUAAAGGCUGGUGUACGUGGAUUUAAAGGGUUCUUAAUGGACUCUGGAGUGCCAGAAUUCCCACCAAUUGAUAAAUGCUAUAUUGAAAAUGCUAUGAGUGAACUUUCUAAUAGUAAAGCGAUGGUUAUGUUCCAUGCUGAGCUUGAUACAGGCUCACAAGAGACUUCCCAUGAUAACCACCAUCAAGAGACGGAUUCUUGUCAAUACGAUUCAUUUUUGGCUUCAAGACCUGAUAGAUUCGAAUUUGAUGCAAUUUCUUUAAUCAUUGAUUGUUUGAAAAAAAGUAUGGCGGCAAAUUCUGGGAAAGGACCUUCGGUGCAUAUCGUUCAUUUAGCAUCUAUGGAGGCAAUACCACUAAUGCGUCAAGCUCACAAGGAUGGCCUACCCAUUACAGCAGAGACUUGCUUCCAUUAUUUGAGUUUGGCUGCAGAAAAAAUAGGUAAAGGUGCUACUUUUUGCAAGUGUUGUCCACCAAUUCGUAAUGAGAAAAAUCGUUUGGCCCUUUGGGAAGGUUUACGUGAUGGAUCCAUUACUUCUGUAGUCAGUGAUCAUUCUCCAUGUACACCAGAAUUGAAACAGUUAGAAAAGGGUGACUUCAUGAGUGCUUGGGGCGGUAUAUCGUCUGUUGGUUUGGGAUUGCCCUUAUUGCAUACGGUGGGGUCCACUUUGAAUCCUUCCGUUAGUCUGAUGGAGAUUGUUAAAUGGUGCUGUGAAAAUACUGCGGAACAAGUUGGAUUACAGCAUCGUAAGGGACAUUUAAGAAUUGGCUACGAUGCUGACUUUGUUAUAUUUGAUCCUAAUGCCAAGCAACGGGUAACCAAUCCCACAGUUUAUUUCAAAAACAAAUUAACCGCUUACAAUGGUCAAGAACUUAUUGGGAUUGUACAAAGGACAAUAUUACGUGGAUUAACUAUCUUCGAUGUAUCCCAUGGCGGUCCAUCCAAAUCGCCCUUAGGUAAGCCGAUCCUUGAGCCAAGAGAACAUUGA